AGGCCAGGUCACAAGUGCACAGUGAGCCCAUUACUUAUCUGUGAUAUAUUUACAUCAGCGACACCCUCUUUCACAGCGACUGCCAUCUAUCAACUCGUGCAUAACAAAAAGUGAGUUAAAAUAUGGCAAAGCUCGAUGAUCUACCACAAGAGUUGAAGGAACUUAUUCUCUGCGCCGCUCCUGACAUUGCCACCCUUGAAUGUCUCGCACAUUCAUCCCCACUUUUCCAUGGUGCCUAUGUAAACCGACGUGAGGAUAUAUUCUUGACUGUCCUGUCAACAGAAAUUCCGCCGGACAUCCUCCACGAAGCACGGUUUGUAGCGCGCGCCACAAGUAUAGAGCGUGGGUCGACAUGGUUCAAUGACGUGAAGCAGCUCCUUGCAGACUAUGACAAAGGCAUCGAUGAUUCGUUUCCUCUCAAUAUUACUCUGACCGAAACUAUCUAUAUAUCGAGAUUUCUGCCUGCUCUCCGCGAUGUAUCUAUGGCUUUUUUUCGAUCGACGCUAUCACAUCAUCCGCUUACUCGAGACAAAAUGAAUCCGCCUUUACCUACUCAGGCUGAGAUGUGUAGAGUUCAGCGUAGCAUUUUGAGAAUGGAAACAUUCAGUAUACUUUUCUCUGAAAGAGAAUGCCGUCCUUCUUAUCGUCCAAGCUGGUCGUCUCCCCUUGAAGCACUCAACAACCUCUUCUUCUCUAGAUUUGAGCUUUGGGAGGUAGAGGAAAUUAAGUGCAUGCGUGAUUUCUUCUACAGGCAAUACAAUACGAUAUUUAGAGAAAGUUCGACCGAACUUCGUAAGCUGUUUGUCUGGCAAGAAUACCACGACCUAGAUCCAAAUGAUAGUAUGGAGAAGGCUGCUGCAAGGACCAAAGAUAAGACUUACAGUCAAUACCGAGAGAUGACCGAAAAAUUGUUGAGUUUUGGCUUCGAAUUCCUCCACGAGGUGAUGAACGAAAACUCGGAAUAUAAUCAAGUCCUUCUGUUAGAAGAGGCUGCCGAGUAUGGGGGUUUUCGCUCCCCCGUCGACUUCCUCUCGGAUACCUUGGACGGAUUCUUUCACUCGCGUGACAUGCGAAUCAUGCAGGAUAUAGAGUUUCGAGAAACUGUACUAGAGUCACAACCUACAGGAAAUGAGAGACCAAAUCAGGCAUGGUUUUGGUCUAUUCAACAAUGGGAUCCCGCCUUAGAUGGAGAGACUUAUGUUUCCCGUCGCGAUAGAAGAGAUUGUUUAAGGUCGUGGGGUUAUGUAAUGUGGGACAGCUCAAGGUUGGAGUCACUAGGAUUCAUGAACUGCAAGAUUCAGGAUAUGCAGCCACACGGGCCAAAAGCUAUUCAGGGGCCAUUAUUGACGGAUCGUACGAAGACGAAUGAUGGCUGAUAUUUGAGCUGAAUACAUCAAGGCGAAGGUUCCUGUAUGCAAAGUCUCGAAUGAUUUGUUGGCUACGUGGAUGUUCAUUCAUUCAAGUGCCAAAGAAUGAGAAGAGUGCUAUAAAAUUUAAAGAUUUUCCAUUGAGAUAUCAACACUAUUUAAGUAUACUCAAGGGUAAUAGUUGAGAGUUUAUGCCAUUCGCUAUAAAGUCAAUCAACGAUAGAAUGGCGAGAUAAGAGCUUUCAUCAUGAUGUGAUAUUCAAAAGAGACGGGGAAUUUUCUUCCAAUGGAACCCCCCAUGGCCUGAUCGAUAAACUUCUUCAAACCAAGAUAGUAGUUGCCCUAAGCAACAAACUCUCCAACAAGUCCCCCGAAUGCCACCUCCUUGCUCAAGUUAUCCUGUUCAUCAAAAGAUCUGCCUCGACAUUUUUUAACCCCUUAGACAAUAAAAUUCUGCAUUUCUUCCCACAAGCGACCCAGAAGUUUGAUAUGAAAUGGUUCAAUACCGGAUGGCAGCCCAAAAUAGGAAGAUUGAAAUGUUACAGCAUGGCCGUUGCGACAAAAGUAGAGUAGAACGAGCCAAGGACAAUUCACGGUGUUAAAAUCAGCCCAUGAUAAAGUUGAAAGAUGAGACGAGGAGUAAAAGCGCUUUGCCUCAACUCAAAGGGAGAAAGAGGUGAAUGCUUGAUAUGGCUUGACAGAAAGAAAAAAAAGUAUCCGUAGACUGCCAAGGUUAUUGAUGGGCUUGCACAGUACGAUUUCCCAGCACGACACAUCGUUCCAAUAAACAGCUGAAGAUUUUGAUGAUUUUGAGUGAAGAUUACUGGACGUGAUCACAAACUUCCAGGUGCUAAUUGCAUAAUGUCUGCCCUGGAAAAUAGAUGCAAAUCAGGCCAGAGGCUUUCGUACCCUGAUAGGUCCAACCACAUUUGUUAAUCCGGCUCCAAGAUCUCCUUCAAGCACAACGCCUUUCUGCAAGAUUUCAACGUCGUUAUUCUCUCGCAUCGUGGACAGAAUAGAUCGAAUAUCCGGCAUGGCUUCGCGCCAGCUAGAAUAGCCCAAUGAUUGAAGCUCCGGAUGAGUAAGUGCUCGAGCGACUUCAGAAGGACAGAAAGUUUUGGGUGGUUGGCGUGAUGUUAAAAAGUGGUUUAUAUGAGACUCGAUCGUUGAAAUAGAAUCAUAAUGUGUAGCGUCAUCCAUCGAAAAAAUAAAAU